GCGCUGACACACGAGUCCCCGCGCUCUCACUCACUCGUACUCACUCACACCUGUAUUCGCGGACGGCGUGGAAUACGGGAACCAUUUAAGAACAUUCACGAGAAAUCACUGCGAUCCAUUGCGGCUCAUCUUGCAUUCUGUAAGCGUGCGAGGCUUACGGGAUGACGCAGUGAUUCUAUCGGACCUGUCAGCGCGUUUCUUUGAGGCUCAUCUUCACAAAGCUUCGCCGCUGCCAGGAUGUCACUCGCCAUCGCAGCCGCCGAGCGAGCCAAGGCGGUGGUGAUCCACAAGAACGGCGACGCUUUUGACCCAGGUCGGAAGUUCGUCGUGAACGAGAGGGUGGUGAAGGACUUGGAUACGUUCUUGAACUAUGUGUCGACUGACCUUGGAACAACGCCCUUCGGACCAGUUAGGAAGCUACACACGCCCAAAGAGGGCCACAGAGUCAAGACGCUAGAGGACUUGGAGGCGGGAGGAGUCUAUGUGGCGGCGGGGAAGGAACGAUUCAAGCCAGCAAAUUAUGGCGAGUAUUUCCGCGUUCGGGCUCAGCUACAGCACAGCAAGACGCAAGAUUUGAAGCCGAUCGUCAGGCGGAAGAUUCAGGUGUCGGCAAAAUGGCGGAAGGUGGACCAGGACAUCUGUAUCAUACAUAUAUUCCGUAACGGAGACAGCCUGACGCCCCCGUCCAAGCUCCUGUUUAAGAAGGCGUGGCUGCAGAACAAGUGCACCUGGGACGUGCUGCUGGAGAUGGUGCAGGAAAAGGUCUCACUCGACUCAGGAGCUAUUAGGAAAUUAUACCGACUGGACGGGAAGCCGGUUCGGGAUGUGGCUGAUAUCCAGCACGACUCGUACUACAUCGCCGUGGGGAACGAAGGGCUGAAGAGGGUCGAGUAUGGACAGGCACCCAAACAGACUUUCUACUCUUCCACCAAGAGAAACAAUGAGCUACCACCUCUAGAGUUCCGACAGAAGCAGAAGAAGGAGGGGUACGCGCGGAAGAACAAGGAGAGUCCCCGGGAGGAGACACACCGGAAGCAGGAGACGCACCGGUCGGACACACACCGCGCGCGGAGGGAGGAGCCGGCGGCACGGAGGACCAUCACAUACGCGCCCGCGAAGAGGAAGCAGACACGGGCCGCCACGGAGACAAAGAAGGACCCGAACGCGGACAAGACGCCGCCUCCCCAGCAGCUGAAGCUGGAAUGGGUGUACGGUUACCGUGGCAGCCAGACGCGUAACAACCUGUUCUACACGGCCGGGAAGGAGGUGGUCUACUUCGUGGCGAGAGUCGGAGUGGUGUACGAUCCCAACAGGCAUGCACAGAAGGUGUUCUUCGGCCACAGCGACGACAUUGUGAGUUUGGCGAUCCACCCGGAAAAGCAGCUGGUGGCCACUGGUCAGGUUGGGAAGGACCCGUACAUCUAUGUCUGGGACACGCGGAACCUGGACACGGUCUCUAUCCUGAAGGGAGGGGGCCACACUCACGGCAUCUCUUCUCUCGGCUUCGACAGGGACGGAAAGCAUCUGGUUUCGGUGGGGAUGGACAACUAUAACCAGGUGAACGUGUGGGAGUGGCAGUCCGGGAAGCUGGUGGCCAGCUCCAGGGGACAUACACAGAAGGUGUUUGAGAUGAGGUUUAACCACUACAGUGAGGGAAACGUCCAGCUGGUGAGCUGCGGAGUCAAACACAUCAAGUUCUGGGAGCUUCAGGACAACUCACUCACCAGCAACAGUGGUGUGUUUGGACAAGAUCAGGAAGUGACCACCAUCUUGACUGUGGCGCCCUUCAAGGACGGGCUGACCUUCAGCGGAACGGUCAGCGGUCACAUCAUGAUUUGGCGCGGGAGCAACCUGGAGAGGACUGUGGAGGGACAUGGCGCCGCCAUCAUCUCCAUGUACCUGGGUGCGGACGGGCUGGCCACGGCGUCACGUGACGGGACCAUCAAGCUUUGGGACACCGACUUAAACGUCAUCAGCGACAUCCGGGAACUUCGGGAGGGCAAGGAGUUCGGCAGAGAAGACACAGCGUUGCGAAGCGUGUGUUGGCAGGGUAAGGACGUUCUGGCGGGAACCCAGGAUAACCAGAUCUUCGAGUUCCGCGUAGACGGUCAGACGGUGACCAGCACGGAGGCGCUGAUGAGAGGGCACGCAGAGGGCGAGAUGUGGGGGCUGGCUACGCACCCAAAACGGUCCCUCUUCGCCACGGCAAGCGACGACAAGACGAUCAGCAAGGAGGAGAGGGACAAGUGGGGCCUGGACACGCACCCAAGACGGUCCCUGUUCGCAACAGCAAGCGACGACAAGACGGUCAGGGUUUGGGACACGAAAGACCGCAAGCUAAAGCUAACGAAGGAGCUGGAUCAGCCGAUGCGUUCCGUUGCUUUCAACAAGGAUGGAAGCCAUGUUGCGGUCGGGUUCGAGGACGGAAGCGUCAUGAUUCUAGACGGAACAAACCUGUCAGAGAAACAACGUCUACAGGCGGGAAAAGAGGUCAUCCACGACCUGAAGUACUCCCCGAACGGCGAGCGGCUGGCGGUGGGGUCAAACGACAACCGGGUGGACAUCUAUGACGUCGAGGACGGGUACAAAAAGAUCGGAGAGUGCAAGAAGUCGUCCAGCUACAUCACGCACCUGGACUGGUCCACUGACAGCCAGUAUAUCGUGACCAACGACGGGUCCGGGGAGAGGCUGUACUACAGGGGCGCCGGCAUCAACGCCGGAGAUCACGUGACCAAGUCAGACGAGAUCAAGUCCAUCUCACUAGACACGUGGACGGGCGUGCUCGGGUCAGAGGUCAACGGCAUCUGGCCGAAGUACGCCGACAAGACUGACGUGAAUGCUGCUGACGUCAGCUUCCAGGACAAGCUCAUCGCGACUGGUGACGACUCCGGGCUGGUCAAACUCAUGAGGUUCCCGUGUACCAAGAAAGGGGCAAAGUUCAAGAAGUACGGAGGUCACUCUGCCCACGUGACCAACGUGAGGUUCACGGGAGACCACAAGCGGCUGAUCUCCAUCGGGGGCGGAGACCACGCCAUUUUCCAGUGGGCCGUGGUCGGAGGGGAUGCCGGGAAGGAUGAUGAUGAUGAUGACAUACAAGGUUGUGAAACUGGAGAUGCCUUUGAAAGUGAGGACGAGGACGCGAGCGACUCGGAAGCCUCCGACGAGGAGGACUGCGAUUCCGACAUCGAACGCGAGGGGGAGAUGCUGUACACGCGGCCGAUGUACCGGGAUGACGUCACCGAGAUGAAGCGCACCAAGAAGAGGAAAACCAAAACUGUGGACAGAAAAGCGCCCCCUGCCGACAGCCUGGAGCUAGUCUUCGUGCAUGGGUACCGAUCACACGACUGUCGUAACAACCUGUUCCUGACGAGUCGCGGAGAGAUCGUGUACCACGUGGCCGCCGUCGCGAUCCUGUACGACAAGACCAACCACGAGCAGCGCUUCUACCUCAAACACACUGACGACAUAAUCUCCAUGGUCAAACACCCGCAGAACGACAUCUUCGCCACGGGACAGGUUGGCAAAGACCCUUCCAUCCACGUGUGGGACGGGCGCGACCUGAGCACGCUCAUCAGCCUGCAGGGUCAGCAUCAGCGCGGGGUCACUGCCCUCGACUUCUCAGGAGACGGAGAGCUCCUGGCGAGUGUAGGACUCGAUAACGACCACACCAUCGUGCUGUGGGACUGGAAGAACGGCGCUCCUCUCGCCUCAACAAGGGGCAGUAAGGAUCUGUUGUUUGAGAUCAGGUUCAACCCGCACAACCCCGACAGACUCGUGACGGUGGGCAAGAAACACAUCAACUUCUGGACAAGAUCAGGAAAUACCUUCAAGUCCAAGCGCGGAAUCUUCGGUAAGGUGGGUAAGAUGACCACCAUGCUUUGCGCGGAGUUCGGACGGACGGAGGAUGACGUGUUCAGCGGGGGAGCCAAUGGCGACAUCUACGUCUGGAGCGGGAACAAGCUGCUGAAGGAAGUAGAGGCGCACAACGGACCUCUCAACACCAUCAAGUUUAUCCCUCAGAAGGGCGUUGUGGUGACCGGUGGAAAGGACGGGUCCAUCCUGCAGUGGAACGACAACUUCGAGCGCUUCCUGAAGAAGUACAACAUCGACCGGUUCUCGGAGACGCGCGACUCCCGCGGGGUGCUGUUGGACGAUCGCCCGGCGGUGCGAGCGGUUCUCCCCGCCGAGGGACGCAUCCUGGCCGGUACCCGCAACGGAGAAGUGCUGGAGAUAGACCUUAGUAAUGGGCUCUUCUCCAUUCUGGUGCAGGGCCACACAGGCACGCACCUUGAGAACGAGGUCUGGGGUCUCGACACGCACCCUAAAAAGCACCUGUGCGUCACGGUGAGUGACGACAAGACGCUGCGUGUUUGGGACCUGGCGGCGGAUCAAAGCCAGCUGACGCGCGCCCGGAAGCUGCGCACAGGUGCGCGUACCUGCGCCUUCUCACCUGACGGCGACCUGAUCGCCGUGGGCAUGAACGAUGGCGGGUUUGUGAUGUUCCAUUGCGGGAACCUGGAAGCGGCUUCUCCCCAGUUCCGCCACCGCAAGGAGAAAAUAUCCGACCUCAAGUUUUCUCCAGACGGGAAGUACAUCGCUGUGGGUUCCCAUGACAACUUUGUUGACGUGUACAACGUGUACAAGAUGAAACGGACCGGCACGUGCAGGGGGUCAUCAAGUUACAUCACGCAUCUGGACUGGGACGUCAGCGGCCGUCUGCUGCAGACGAACUCCGGCGCGAAGGAGCGUCUGUUCUACGAGGUUCCGCGGUGCAAGCGCGUCAACAUCCCGAGCUCAGAGCUGGAGCGCAUCACGUGGGCCACCUGGACUUCCGUUCUGGGACCGGAAGUGGAGGGGGUGUGGCCGUGGUACAGUGACGUCACGGAUGUGAACGCCACGUGCCUGUCCGCGGACAAGUCGCUGCUGGCGACCGGAGAUGACAACGGAUUCGUCAAGCUCUUCAACUACCCGGCAACGGGCAAGCACGCGAUCUGCAAGAAGUACGUGGGGCACAGCAGUCACGUGGCGAACGUGCGGUGGACGUACGACGACACAUACCUGGUGUCAGCAGGUGGGAUGGACACCUCCAUCAUGGUGUGGCAGAGGAAGUCGUCCCAGCCGCGGGAUGACGGACACUACGACAGCGAGGACUCGGACGUGGACACGGACGAUGAAGACUCAGCUGACGCCCAGGGCGGUGUGGUUGUGGAAGAACGCGUGGCGCAUGAGAUGGAGGAGAGUUACGACCCGAAUACAGGGAAGACCACCUACAUCCGCACCUCCACUGUAGAGACCACCAUCGGGCAGCAGGACGGGCAGGACAGUCCGCAGGCGAACGGGCACGGCAGGCUUACUGCGGAACAGGUUCAGGAGUUUAAGGAGCAGUUUGAGAUGACUGAUGUGGACGGAGACGGGCUGAUCAACCUUGCUGACGUCAGGAGGAUCCUGGUCAGGGUCGGGUACCGACCUUCACCCGCGGAGGUCAAGGAGAUGAUGAGGGUCGUGGACACCAACGGGAAAGUCGAGGUGGUCACCUUUGAAGAGUUUUUGGAUAUGAUGGACACAUUUUACCACAAGUAGGAGGCAACAUAUAAACCCCCUGGAUUAAGGCAGCUGUAUGGUGUAUGCAUCACAAAACUUACUACAGAACCAUGAUGAGGGGGGAUACAAGCACAUACACGUUUGGGAUUGCAUCCAUUCCGAUAACAGCGACGCCUAGCUGCAGUGUGGAUUACUGCAGCAGUGACACCUAGCUGCAGUGUGGAUUACUGCAGCAGUGACACCUAGCUGUAGUUUGGGGAAUUUUCCGCAGCAACACCUAUAUGCAGUGUCAAGUGGAAUCAGCAAGUAUUGCCUUGAAGAAAAUUGCAGACGACCCACCAGCUCUUACCGUGUAAAAGACGAACCGUGUAAAGGUUUACCAGUAUGGUAAACUGUUAACGCGGACAUCCCAGAUAAACAUAUCAGAAAUAAUAUCAUAUCAGUAAACUAUAGAUCAAAGUCUUUUUGUUAGUGCAUUAGACUUAUUUGCGUCAAUUGUAAAUGGUUCUAUAAUGUGAAUAUCAAUAUUCCUCAACGCCUGCUGCUGUGAUGUACUAUGUCGUUAGAGGGCGUUGCUGCAUUGUGAACCUUUCGUCAAAGCGACAUUGAGACGUUUUCUAGGCGUAUGUACAGAAGAGGUAAAGGAAAUAUUACUAUGUAUUGUAUAGCUAAUGGUUAGUUUUUGGUGACACUUGGUGUAAAUAUUUACUAUCUUGUAAAUAGAUGUGUUUAGCACAUCGUGUAAGAGUCAGGCCGCAUCAAUUCAAUUCUUUAGUCGUCGGAUUCGGAAAAGUCUAUCAAACUUUUAAAAUCAACAUGAAAAUCGAACCAGAGGGGAAUACGUACCAGGUUCACACAGUUUAUAAGAGUGUAAAUUCACGAUUUCCCUUGAACCCUCUGUUUUAAUUUUGUCGUUUUAAUAGAAAAAUUACUACAAAACGCCCGAGAACUAAUGGAAUGAAUUGAUGUAUAACUGUAAGGUUAAGCUUAUAUUCUAUUCUGUAUAAUAACUAUUUGCAUAAAAGUUGUCUUAAAGGGUUUUCUAUCCCAUUAUAUACCCCUUCACGCACAUUCGAACAUAUUUUCGAACAAGGUUUCGUGAAGUUGUGUCGUCAUCAACUGGUUAUGUCGUGCAUUUUCGUACAUACUCGGCAGGUGACGUCAUCUUCGGGCUCUAAAGUAGUAUAAGAGCGUUAGAUAUAAAUCCGUUUCGAGAGAAAGUCGUUAAUGCUUUUUAUGACAUUUUACGAAGAAAUCACUUCGCUUGUAUUUUAGAAUAGUUAGUGCCACAUAGGAGGAAAGCCAUGCUAUUUGUAUAAACUGUAUAAUGUGCACAAAUAUAUCUAUCUAUAUACUAUAUACUAUUGUAAGUUACGUAUGUAUAACCUGUACAUAUAUUUGUCAAUGAUUUACUAUUGUAAAGUCCACUGGAGACAUUUAGUCUUGGAGUGAAAAUGGUACGCCGUAUACGCCAUUCACAACGUUGUAUUUUUAGAGCUCUAUUAUAUACGAGAGAGAUACGUGUGUGUUUAAUGAUGAAAUUCACUUUGUGCUUGAUGUGAAAGAUUUGAAAUGAAUGACCUGGAAUUUACCUGUAUUAUGUUCAGAUCCCUGUUGUGUUUACUAGACGAACGAGCAGAUCGGAGUAAGGAGCGCACCCGGUGCUAACCAUAUGGGCACGAUAGGAGCCCCCACACGUAUAAUGGUACAGUCGGCCCCUCGUGCCUAGCCCCUUGUGCCCGGCCUGUCGUGACCAUAUGGCUGGCACCGGGAGCGCUCCUUACCCAGAUGGACGAGCAACCACAGAGAUGAUAUCUUUGUACAGUUGUUUCACUAGAUACAUAUUGAAUACGCGGUGUUGUUGCUGUGUGUGGAAUUAUUAAAGAUUCACAAAGUGGGGGUGUCGCCUGUUUUUUAUAUCCCAAAAUAUAGAAAUUCAAAGUCAUCAAGUUUUCUAAAUUUUGAAAUAGAACUACAACGCUGAUGACGAAACAAAAUCUCUCAGUCACUUACUCGCUCACUCACUAACUCGCCUACAAACUC